AUGCCUCCGACAGUCGUUCCUCUAAACCUGAUCCAGCUGGAUGGUAGGACAGGUGACGAAGGGGCGAGUGGCCGGAGCAUUACUACAUGUUGGCAGCGUUGUGGGAUCGAAAAGCACUCUUAUAGGUUGCAGACAUUUUUUCUUCUUCUGGUAAACAGUUAGGCAUCAUGGAAGGCGGAGCCCCCACAUGAAAAUACAAUGCUAACGUUGGAUCAAUGGGGGCCGGGUGGAGAGAGUAACUCUCUUCCUACUGCAGCAGACCCCCCCCCAACUUCCGAGUCCCAAAGCGGAUUCCUCCUCCUGGUUUUCGGCGGAUUCCGAGGAGGAAGAGGGACUGGCAGACGCCAGCCAAUUAAGAACUGCUCGGACGGGUGGGUGAGAGUCCUGCAACUCUCAAAGAGCAAUGGGUGCGUUGUUUAAUCAACAAUUGUCACCUCGUGAGAAAGUGGAAGCUGGGAUGGCCUCUACACGUCCUAGAGGAAACUAUCUUGUCGAUGCUGAGCCGAAAGAAAUGGAAUUUUCAGCCGGUGAAGCUGUGGAGUGGGUGCCAGAUCCAGUUCAAGGAGGAUUUCGGUGCCGGGAGAAAUUUCCCAGAAUGGGCCAGUCCAUCAUUAUGGGCCCAAGAACCAGCCGGAUGGCCUAUGAGUAUUGAGACUUGCCACAACAACAACAAAACGCAUCUGUAAGAAACUGCAAUCUGGAGCGUCCAUCGCGCAACAGUCGCAGAUCAGUGAGACGGCGUUCGCCUAGCCCAAUCCAGGUCUACUCGCCAGGAAGAGCUUGGGACACCUGUGCGACGGUACGAGGAGGUUGAACCUCACACCAAACCCUUGCGUGGAUACGCAGAGGAGGACUGCCAGUGUCCGAAUGGGCAGGCGCCUUGUUAUUGUUAUGCUCCAAAGUAUGACUACAGCCCAGAGCCACGAGGAGUAAUUGCCAGACCGUCUCCUCCAGGGCUUGCUCUGAGCAACCUUAAUUGGAGGGCAUUCCCUAAAUACCAACCCCCCACCAAUGUGUUGAGUUACUUGACUCUCUUUGAAAUGACUUCCUGCUUACCCAUGGACAUUGUGGAAGCGCAGAAAACCUCUCUGAGGUUUUUCGAGCAGUGUGGGGGCUCCGGGAGCGGCGCAAGGGCACUGCACACCCCCAAACCUCAAGGUGAAUCUCCUUGGGGGACAGGGGCAUCCAGCAGCGUUACAGCUGCUCUACUGUUUUCUUGAGUUGUUUUUUUUUUUACAGCCUGAGAGCGGGACGGAGUGGCGGAUGCAAAAGGGAAGCACCCCCACCCCCGCACUGAGCUGUCUCUAGCUUCUAUUGAAAGCGGUAAACUUCCAAAACUUAAAUGGACUGAAUCUAAAGCAACUACAGGAUGUUUUUAUCCCGAAAAAUUUGAAAGAAAACUUGAAGAUUCAGAUGCUGUGGAAUAUAAAAUAGGGAGUCCAUCCCAGCAGCGGAGAGGAAAUGGCGCAGAGAUAAAAAGUUGCAAGAACAAAGAAGAAAAGGCUCCUGCUGAGUGAGUACAAAAGCUAAAGUCCUCUGCAACAAUGUGCCGAGGCAAAGGAUUAAUUUGAAACAAAAGACUGAAAGGAGUCAAAUAGAGACUUUGUAUUGCCUUUUUGGAGGUUGUAUAUGAGGAAGACAGGCUCCACAAAUGGGAAAAGGACUAAAGAUUUAAAAGACUUAAAAAAAUAGAUCCAAUUAAAGAGGUAACUUAAAGUGGUAAAGAAGGCUUGAAUUUAAGAACUUUAUUGUUUUUAUCAUGCCCUCUGUUCCAGCAGCUAAUCUACGCUUACAGUGGUAUAUGUUAUAAACAUUUAUUCCCCCUUAAUUUAUAUUCUACAUUUACUGUGAGAAAAGAAAAAAUUGGGGGGGCGGGGGAGAACCCGUUCCGCUGACGUUUCCCUUUUUUCCUUCUUCUACCUUCCCCAUGAGGAUUAAGCCAACAAGAGGCUAAGAAAAAAUAAUUAAAAUUAGAAUUUUAAUUUUGGGUUUUGAUAUUUGGAUAUUGGGCUUGGACAUAAUCUGUUACGCUCUAAUGGAUUAAGCCAGCAAGAGGGUAAAGAAGAGGGAAAAUAAAAAUUUGGAAUUUAGUUUCUGGAACUGGGGAACUUUGAAAUUUGGACUUUAAGUAUUGGCAAGUAUAGAGAUUUGGAACCACAAGGCUUGGUCUUCUUUUUGUGUGUGUGUUUAUAUUGUGAUGGAUUAGGCCUGCAAGUGGCUGAAGGAUAUUGAGAAACUGAGUCAAGAAUUAUAAAAAGAUUAGAACAGAAGAGAACUCUCAAAUUAAACUAUAAUUGGGACAAUUUGAUAGAACCCCUUAAGUAACUCUUAAUGUUAUUAAUUUUAUUAAUUUGAUUGAUUGCAAAAGAUGCUUUAAACCCUGAGAUAAUUAAUGUGGAUUGGGAGGGGGAGAGAUAAAAGCGCAUAGUUGUGGAAGGAAAAGAGUGUGAGGGGGACAUCUAGAGGUAUAGAGUGUAUUUGCAGGUUCAGAGUGUUUAUGCAUGUUAAGAUCAGAUGGUGUACUGCCAAGGGCUAUCUUGGUUAUAUAUAUUUUGAAGGUGUUAUAUUGCGGAAGGUACUCUGCCUAGAGGUCAAAACUGGUUAGUACAGUACCAGAAACAAAUUGAAUUUUACUGAAUUUUAUUGUAGGUAUACAGAAGUAUUGUAAUUGAUUAUAAUGUCAGGGGAAAAUGGGGAAAAGAUUGGGGAGACCCCAGGAGAAAGGAAAAUCUCUAGACAAGAAGAAAUUAAAGAUUUGGACAAUUUGUGGUUGAAGAUGAAGGAAGAAUUCAAACAAAAUGAACAACACAUGGAGAAAAAGUUAGGAGAGGUUCAGGCAAUAUUGGAUAAAAAAAUAGAAUGGGUGGUAGGGAAACUUUCAAAUAAAAUGCAAGAUUUGACAGUUACAUCGAAGACAAUUGAAGAAUCAACCAAAAGAAUUCAAAAAGAAGUGAAGGAAAAUAAAGAGACAGAGAAGAUUAAGGAGGAAAUGGGUGAUCUGAAUAAAACCCAGGAGCAGCUCUGGGACAGUUUAGCUAUGUUGGAGAUGAGACAGAAACAAUUGAAUCUGAAAUUUAGAGGAGUAGGGGAGGAAGUGAAUGAAAAUAUAAAAGUUAAAAUGAUCAAGGAACUGGCAAGAUGGAUGGACAUGAAAGAAGUUGUUGAAUACACAGUGGAGAACACAUUUAGAAUAAAAGUAAGAUCUCUAAAGGCUAAAUAAAAAAAAAGUACCAGGAGAUUGCCUAAUCAUAUUUAAUUCACUAGACAUGAGGAAUGCAAUAUUGAAAAUGAGUUACCAAAAAAAACCUGGUAAUUGAUGGUAGGCCUAUUAUUGUUUUUAAAGAAAUCCCCACUAGCUUUUUACGUAAGAGGGAUGGAUAUAAGCAAUUGGUGAGUGUGCUGAAAAGAAAUGGAGUACAACAUAGGUGGGAAUUCCCAGAAGGGAUUUCUUUUUACUAUAAAGACAAAAGAUUUAGGCUGACCGACAUUCAAGAAGUGAAGAAAUUCACAAGGUGAUAUGAGAGAGAGUUAGGAAAGGUAGAAGAAGACAGGCCUGCCUACAAAUCCGGAGGAAAGGAGAUUGACUCAGAAGGAGGAAGAAAGAAGGAGAGGGAGAGGGAGGAGGGAAAAGAGGAAGGGGAAGAAGAGGAAGCAGAGGAAAUAGGAGGAGAAUCUUAGGGACAAAACCACUCGAAUUUGAAUUUAAUUUUAAUUACAGCUGAUCUGAAUAUAUAUAAUAUGGAAUGUGAAUGGAUUAAAUGAGAAAUCUAAGAGAAAUAAAGUUGAGAAUCUUUUGAGGGGAAAAAACCUGACGUAAUUUGUUUACAAGAAACCCAUGUUGCUAAAAACAAACACAUUUUGAAAAACAAAAGGUUAGGCUUGGAAUUUAUUAACUCAAAUGUGAACAAGAAAAGAGGGGUGGUGUUAUAUGUUAAAGAGAAAUGGGAACCAAAAUUUAUCUGUAAAGAUGAAGAAGGGGGAGUAAUAGGGGUACAAAUUAAUUAUCAAGGGGGGAAAAUCAAUGUGGUUGCAAUUUAUGCUCCAAACACAAAGUAGAAUUUUAUAAGUUAGAAGACUGAUAGAAAUGGCUGAUCAGAAGAUAAUAUUAAUGGGAGACUGUGAUGGUGUGGUGAUGCCAGAAAUGGACAGACUAACAAAAAAGAAAAAAGCCAAACAAGGUAAAUUACCAAGGUCACUCUUCAAUCUUGUGGAAAAUUUGGACUUAAUAGAUGUUUGGAGCCUCAAACAUCCAACCACAGAGCAAUUUACUUUUUUUUCAGAGCCACAUCAAAGUUGGGGAAGGAUAGACCUAAUAUGGGCCUCAAGGGAUUUAACUCCAAGAAUAUUAAAAUGUGAAAUAUUGCCACAAACAUUAUCAGACCACAACCCCAUAAUUCUAGAGGUAAAAAGUAAUGAGCAAAGCACCUAUAGAUGGAGGAUGAAUGAAAAUCUUUUUGAGAAUUGAGAAGUAACUGAAAAAGCCAAGGAGACUUUGAAAGAAUAUUUUAAAUGGAAUUUAAAUAAAGAAACAAACCUGGACAUUGUUUGGGAUGCGAGCAAAGCUGUUAUAAGAGGUUUCCUGAUCCAACAAAAUAAUUACAGAAGAAAGUUGAAAGAAAAAAGAAAUUCUGGCCCAGUUGGAUGAGUGUGAAAAGAAAUUAACGAUAAAACCCAAAGAUGAACAGAACAAGCAAGUAAUUAAGAUGUUACAAACCCAAUUUUCGAUAUUAAUCAAGAAGUGGAAUGGAAAAUUAAAUUAAUGAGACAGAAAUUUUUUGAAUCAGCCAACAAAACAGGGAAACUCCUCGCAUGGCAAUUACGAAAAAGACAAAAACAAUGUGAUAAAUAAAAUAAAAGUAGGAGAACAUCAAACAGAAGACCCGAAGGAAAUAAAGAAAACCUUCCAGGAAUUUUAUGAAGAUCUAUAUAAGGAGAACGAAGAAUGUAGGAAAAUGGUUGUUUGUACCUACAUGACAAGAUGGAUGCCAGGAUGGGAAUUUACUAUAGUUUGACCUUUUGAUACUGCAGGCUGUGUUAGGCAUGAUGAGCGCGUGAUCGCCUCAUGCAAGGAAGGUGAUUGGUUCUUAUUGUAUGGCUUGAUAAUGGGGUGAUCCCCAUAUUUGGUGUUUGCCUUGCAUGAUGAUUGAUACACUGUUGUACUGUUCUUAAUAAAAAAUGCUGGGCUGCAGCUCCAGAGAGUUUCUUUUUCUCUCUCUCUCCUGAGGCUGCUAGACCCUUUACAAAAGGCAUCCUGGUGUGAGACUGAUUUAUUUUUGUGACGAGCAGGCCCUCGUCAUCCCUGCCCUCGUCAUUUGGUGCCCCGUGUGACUACCCUCGGACUCUUCGUUGUUUCUCAUCGUUCAGCGCUCGCCACGCGUCUUUCAUCCGCUUCGGAUCCCGGUGAGCGCUCCCUUUCCUUUGGACUUCGACUGAUUUCGGACUUCGCGUCGCUGCGGCCUUCUCAGCGUCCACCACGCCCGGCCAGGGCUUCAGGUACCGCUCAUCCUCUCCUAGGAUCCCGGUGGGUGCUCCCUUUUUUCGCUCCUUUUCAUCCUUUGUGGAUCCCUGUGAUUUUUUUUCACUACUCUUGCUAUCAUGGGGCAGUCUCUUUCAGCGCCACAAAAGAAGUUUUUGAUGAACUUAAAUUUCUUCUGGCCAGUAACAACCUUGCUGUUUCGGAUGCCGAUCUUAAGGCACUUCUUCUAGCUUUGGACACUCAUUGCCCCUGGUUUCCUCAGGAUGGCACUUUGGAUUUAAAAGACUGGGAGAAAAUAGGACAUUUUUUCCAUAACCAUCCUCAAAUUAAUGUCAAGGUUCUGCUUGCAUGGUUUAAAGUUUAUAAAGCGAUGUCCUGCCUGACACCAGCUAAUAUCCUUUUGGCUUCUUCGCCUGCUGCUUUGCCUCUUCCCUCUCCAAUUUUAUGCCAACCGUUGCCUUCUUCGAAACCACCAGUUUAUGUACCUCCUAAACCACCGGAUCUCUCUCCUUCGGUUCCUACUGUCCUGCCACCGCCUCCCUCUGCCCCUCCUCCAGCUUUUUCACCAGGGGUGCCCAACGUUGCUACCACUCCUCUUCAAGAGUCUCUCCGUGCCGCUGCUCCAUUGCUGGCUUUUGAUUCUGCCACACCAAAUCUUUUUCCUGUAAUUGUUCCUGCCGCCGUGGGGGGAGGCCCAGCCCGCCACGAACAGUUUGAUUUAAGAUUCAUAAAGGAACUGUAUUCCUCUGUCAGGGACAAUGGCUUACAUUCUCCUUAUACCCUGGGACUUUUUGGCACUAUUUUUCAGCAAAAUCUAAUACCAGAGGAUGUAAAAUUAUUAGCCCGCACUGUUAUGCAGCCUCAUCAAAUGAUUUUGUUUAUACAAGCUUGGCAUUGGGCUUGCCAACGUCGCGUUGAUGGCAUUCGCAACAAUCUCAACAAUGCUGCGCAGGCAGCUCACCAAGCCGCGAUUGCCGCCGCUGGCGCUCCACCUCCAGCCCCUGUUAUGUUGACCCAUACUGAUGUUUUUGACGGCCUGACAGGUGGGGGCAAUUUUCUUACCAUCGCCCAGCAGCUAGCCCUUGAUCCCAUGUAUUGGGAAGCCACUACCGCUGCCGCUCAGGAGGCCCUGUCCGCUGUGCCUGAUGAAAAGACUGAGCGUGAUGGACGUUGGGGCAGCGUCCGGCAAGGCCCUGCAGAGCCUUAUGGACAAUUUGUCGAUCGCUUGUAUAACACCCUCAAGCGGCAAGUUCAGGACGUCGCAGCCCAAGAAGUGAUUGUCCGCCAGCUUGCGUUUGAUAAUGCAAAUGAGGACUGUAAGCAAGCACUGCGCCCUUUGAUGACAACGCCAAAUAUUGCCAUUGCAGAUAUGCUUAAGGCCUGCCAGUCAGUGGGCACUGAGACGCACAAAGCCCGUCUGUUAGCCGCAGCUCUAUCCUCUACAGUAUCCCAGAAUCCUGCCAAGGACAAAACUUGUUUUGGUUGCGGAAAAAUGGGACAUUUUCGUGCGCAGUGCAGAUCCAUCACGCAGCAAUGCCGCCCUAGCACAAAGUGCCCUAUUUGUAAGAAAGGCUUUCACUGGGCUAACCAGUGCCGUUUUGCCGUGCCUCGACAAAGUCAACAACAACAACAAAAACAGCAACAUCAACAAAACCAACUGACGGGAAACCGGCAGUCGGGCCCACCCCGGGCCCAGGCACGACAAUAGGGGAUUCAGCAUGUUCUCCGGUCAUUCCACCGCCAGCACUACCUCACCUUUCUCUAACCCAGGACUUAUGCCUGCCAGUCCCCUAUGUACCACAACAGGCUCAAGUGUCAACAGGGGCUGGUUUUUCUUCUUCAGCACAGUGCCUUGUCUUCCCACUGUCAGAGGUUUUGCAGCAAGGGGUCCAUCUUGUUCCAGAUGUGUUACAUGGAUUACAACACAAUGACCCUUAUGUGACUGUCUUUUCUGAUCGCCCUACGCAUUUGCCGUCUGGUUCUCCUAUUGCCAAGAUUGUGUGCGCUCCGGAGACGAUCCAGAACCAUGAUCCUCUUGUUGCCGCUACUUUUUCAGUCACAGAGGAGCGCCCAAAGAUCCAGAUGACCCUUGGAGGCCGCAUGAUUGAAGGGGUUUUGGACACGGGGGCGGAUUGUUCCGUGAUCGCCUCCAAGGAUUGGCCUCCUGCUUGGCCCACCGAACCAGCUUCUUCUGUUGUCGGCGUUGGAGGCUCUGCCUCGGCCCGCCGCAGCAGGAAUCCUAUUUUGAUUCAAGGCUCUCAAGGCUUUGAAAUGACUAUUUUGCCACUGAUCCUGGACAUUCCUGUCUCCCUUUGGGGGCGAGAUCUGCUUGCUGCAGCGGAUACCACCAUUUCUACAAAUUUAUGCUAAGGGCUGCCCCUGCCAUGCCCCGGACUGCGCUUUCUCUCUGCUGGACCACAGACACCCCCGUGUGGGUAGACCAAUGGCCCUUGCCUAAAGAAAAGCUUGCAGUGGCAGCCCAGUUAAUUUCAGAACAACUUGAACUGGGGCACAUUGAACCUUCCACCAGCCCGUGGAAUACGCCCAUCUUUGUCAUCAGAAAAAAGGCAUCUGGAAAAUUCCGUCUUCUCCAAGACCUUCGAAGGGUUAAUGAACAAAUGCAACCGAUGGGGACCUUGCAACCCGGCAUUCCUAAUCCCAACAUGCUACCACAAAACCAUCAGCUUGCUGUCAUCGAUCUCAAAGACUGCUUUUUCUCUAUCCCUCUGGCACCACAAGACAGACAGCGUUUUGCCUUUACCCUGCCUGUCCUGAACAACUCCCAACCUACCCAGCGCUUUCAAUGGGUGGUUCUCCCACAGGGAAUGCGAAAUUCUCCAACUUUGUGCCAGUAUUUUGUGGAUAAGGCACUUCAACCAUUCCGUGAGCGCCACCCUGUGGUCACCUGUUAUCAUUACAUGGAUGAUAUUUUACUUUCCUCAUCGCACAUUUCUGAUAUUCUUCUCGAGGAUUUGACCCAUGCUCUGAUGCAAGCAGGAUUGACAGUGGCUAAAGAAAAGAUCCAGCGGACCCUGCCUAUUACGUAUUUAGGACAUAAGUUGUCUGCUGCUGCUGCCAUUCCAGUUGCGCCUCAACUACAGUUCCCUGAUCAUCUUAAAUUGGUGGACUUGCAACAACUCCUUGGACAGUUAAAUUGGAUAAAGAGUUACUUGGACCUGCCCACCUCCACUCUGUCUCCACUAUUUUCUGCCCUUAAAGGCCACAAGGAUCCAGCAAGCAAGAUCACAGUUACCCCUGCUAUGGAAGAGGCUUUGACAACUGUGAACAACCAUCUCCGCAGAUGUAUGGUGGACAGGAUCCCUUCCCUUUCCAUGGCACAAUUAUCUCUUGCAGUGUUUGCCACCCCACUCCUUCCAACAGCUAUAUUGUACACCACAGGCCAGAAGCCUGGGACUGUGUCUAUUGUGGAGUGGCUUCACCUGCCUCAUACUCCUCCGCGUAAUGUGUAUGCUACACCCAACAGCGUCAUGGACCUUGUUGUCAGGGGCCGACAUCGGGCCCUUGCCCUCUCUGGAAUGGACUUACAGUCAGUGUACUUGCCCUUCUCCCAGGAAGAAUUCAUGCAUUUAAUGAUGACAGCCGUUCCUACUCAAAUAGCUUUUGCUGAUUUCUUAGGAAAAAUUAUUCACAAUCCCCCUAGAGACCCUCGUUUGUCUUUCCUUACAGGGCUACGUUAUGUCCUGCGAACUGCCUUGUCCCCUCUACCCUUACCCUCCGCUCUCACUGUAUUCACCGAUGGCACUAAGUCCAGGGGGGUGGUGGUGUGGGAUGAGGAGGGGAAAUGGAAAAGUUUAUAUACUACUGAGCAAUCCUCAGCACAACGUGCUGAAUUGGCAGCUGUAAUUUUAGCUUUCCAACAAUUUGCUGAUAUCCCUUUCAAUCUCAUUGUGGAUACGCAGUAUGUGUAUAAUCUGUUGAAUGUGUUACCAUUGUCGUAUAUUACUCCUGCCAUUGAUGAUAAUUUGUUUGCAUUAUUCUCCACUUUGCAGAGCUUGGUACAAGCUAGGACUUGUCAGUUUUAUGUAGCACACCUUAGAUCACAUACUGGUCACCCUGGCUAUUUGGCAGAAGGUAACGACCGGGCAGAUCAAGCUUUGAAGAAUGGCAUCUUUUCUUUAUUUUCUGACCCAUUCGAGAGUCAUUCAGUGUUUCAUCAAAAUGCUAAGGUGUUAGCUAAAUCCUUUUCAUUACCAAUUUCUCAAGCUAGGGACAUUGUGUCACAGUGCGCUGUGUGUUCCAAAUCACCCACAGUCAUUCCUUAUGAUGCAGUCAACCCUAGAGGCUUGCAUCCCCUGGCAAUUUGGCAAAUGGAUGUCACCUACACGCCAUCUUUGGCUCCAUUUUCUAAAGUACAUCUCACUGUGGACACUGCCUCUGGUUUUAUUUGGGCCACGCCCUUGAAAGGAGAGACUACUCGUCAUGUUAUUCAACAUUUAAUGCGUUGUUUUGCUGUUAUGGGAAAACCCCAUACUUUGAAAACUGACAAUGGCCCUGCAUAUAUUUCUCAGGCCUUUUCUGAUUUUUGUUCUUUGUGGGAUGUUAGGUUGACUCAUGGUAUUCCAUUCAAUUCUACAGGACAAGCAAUCGUCGAGCGCUCCCACUUGACUUUUAAGACUCUUCUCAACAAGCAAUUGGGAGGCCGCUCGGCUACUGUUUCUGAAAUACCUAAUAUUGUGUAUCAAGUAUUGUUUACCUUAAAUCAUUUGUUGUACCCUCACAAUAAGGAUUUUACGCCUGCUGAACUUCAUUUCAGGAAAGAAGAAGUACUGCAGCGCCCUCUAGUGUCUUACAGGUUGCUUCCAGAUCCACAGUGGAAGGGUCCAACUUCAUUGCUUUCCUGGGGUCGUGGAUUCGCUGCCAUUGACGUGGACGGAGAAACACGAUGGGUUCCAGCUCGGUGCGUUCGACCUUGGCGCUCUUCUGUUGCCUCGUCUUCGCCCAAGGAGACACCAACGCCUUGAAAUCAUAUUCUACGCUGUCUGCCAGUGAUGACCUCCCACCUGACUUCAACCCGCGUUGCAGUUGGAGACAUCGCCAUAUUGAUGCACCCUGGAUAAAGUCGCCUUCUACAGCUGUUCCGGUGUUUCCUGGCACGUCGAAAGGUCAUCUUCGUCCCUACCUCAUUGACCCCCCGUCCCCCUGGGAAGUCACCAUGACUACCAAUUACCCCUCCGUGGACACUGUGAAGCGCCGCUCUCGUCGUGCUGCUCUUUUGCAGAAGGCUCGUAAGCCUGAACUUUAUCAUCAGAUUUGGACCAACAAUACAUAUGUUAGGGACAUAAAUAAUUUUGCUUCUAUACUUAAUCUUUCCGAAUGUUGGGUGUGUAUGCAUAUUCCUCCUCAAUCAAAAAGAUCUGGCAUAUUAUUGCAUGGUAUUCCUGUAAAUGCUUCAUAUAAGAUUAGUAAUAAUAUGAAAGAUAAUCGUACUAGUUCACCCCUGUGUUUUUGUCGCUUGUAGAAACAGCGUCUCAUUGUUUUCAUUUCAAUCGUAAUAGUAGUAAAUUUUUAGGUCAUUAUCCAUAUUGUAAUUGGACCUAUGAGUAUGUUAAUGGAUCUUCUUGUUUUCUUAAUGUUACCACUAUGAGUGGUAGGCCAAAAGUUUUAGUUAAUAAUGUCACGACCAACAUGACUUAUGAACAACAGGCUAUGUGUAGAGAUUUUUAUGUUUGGUUUGAUUGGAUGAAGAAAAGCAGCAAAUCUACAUGUUUGCUUCGAUCUGAUUUAUGGUUAUUUUGUGGUACUAGAGCCUACAAAGAAAUCCCCUUUGCCUUUUCUGGAACGUGCACCUUAGGAAUAGUCAUACCCCUGGUCUAUAAACUGGACAAGCUCCCAGUGGUUCGUUUGCGUAACAAAAGGGAAGUGCGAUCACCUAUCUCUCAAUAUACAGGGACAGCCGUCUCUAGAUCUCUCCUGCCCUCUUUAGGUGCAGGCAUGAAUUACCGUGAUUUGCACAAAUUGGCUAAUUGGACUGAAGCCUUGUUUAAUUCUACUAUCUUGGCCUUAAAAUUAAUUAACAAAGAAAUGUCAGAAAUGAGAGAUGUGACUCUUGAAAAUCGUUAUGCUUUAGAUGUAAUCCUUGCUUCCAAAGGUGGAGUUUGUGCUUUAAUUCAUUCCCAUUGUUGUAUGUAUAUAUCUGAUCAAUCGGCCAAUAUUUCUGCUACUAUUGAUUAUAUGGAACAAAUGAUAGCCCAUAAUCCUUUGAAUCCUCCCGAAGGUUUUGAUCCAUGGGAAUGGUUGUCUUCCUGGUUGCCUAAUAGAGUGUGGUUAAGGAAAAUUUUACUAAUUGUAAUUUUGCUUGUUGCAGGAUUUAUUGUGUUGUGUUGCUGCAUUCAAUGCCUACCCUCUUUGUUUGCUCAAUGUAGUACCUGGUGGUAUCGUCCAAGACCUACCACUGGAGUCACAAGAGGAAUUUACAUUGCAAGAUAUCAGCGUUUAGGAAAUGAAACAAAUGAUUCUGAUUAG